AUCACACUUUCUACGAUAUAUCUUCAGCUUCAUCUAAUGCUAUUCUCUUUAAGCUCCAUGCUUGUUUGAGCAUAUCGCAGACGAAGCUGCUAUUUCUGAAUGGAUCCUUACGAGUCGGAGUCCUCUACCUAUGCCUUUCAUUGGGCGAUUUUUUAUGUGGUAUUAUUUCGCUGCGCAUUCGCGAGAGUCUGACGUCGGAAGCAAUUCGAAACGUUUACGUCGUCGAGGUUUAUUUCUAAGUUAA